AUGAAUUUUACUUCGUUAUUCAAAGAAAUCACAGGAGAGGAUUUUGGUGUGAUUUCAUGUGAAGAAUUAUCUAGAUUUGAAUCAACAACAUGGUUAUCAUUGUUUAUGAAUGGUGUUGAGGGUGACUCACCUAGUAUUUUUCAGAAAUGUCUUGAUAUCUGUAAUCGUUCCCCAAAUGAUUUUUCGGAAAUUCGUUCUUGUCUCAAUAAACAGAAGAUGGAUCUACUUUUAUCAUGCUUUCUUGCAGCAGCAUUUCCUCCUGAUAUAAACCAAAAUGUCGAGUGCUCAAAUAAACAAACUAAAGCCGGUUCAAAUCAAGGUCAAAAUAGACAAGUACAAACUAAAUUGAUCAAACAACCUACGAGUAUGUACAGUGGCUUCAAUUCCGAACAAAUGACUGGUUUAUCCCAGCAACGUAACUUUGGAUCCACCACUAAUGCUAUUCGGGAUAAAACCAAAAAUGAUGCACUUAAACUCACUUCAACCUACAAUGUUAGAACAACCGUGGACAACUCUGACAGGAAAAAAUGUGUGGGUAAAAAUAGUGUCACAAAUUUAAAUAGAGACAUGUAUAAUCCUUCAACUAUCCCGGGUCCCAUGAUUAUUGAUGAUGAUAUAAAUAAUGUCAAGCUAAAAAACAAGAAUGUCGAUUCAUUAAAUCCAAUUUCAGAAAUUUUUGAAAAAAGAAAUAAUAAUUCGAUGACCAAAGAUGUUUCCAACAUUAAUGAUAAUGGAGAUGAUCGGAUUAUCGUCUGGAAACGACCUCAGGAUAAUACACAAACCAAUUCUUCUGAUGAUAAAAGUGCAAAUCAAAAUUUCUAUGCAAUAAAUUUUCAUACUGGAGCUAAAAAUAUUUCAAAAACUCUUGAAACUUAUAAAGAAAAACAAAAAACAGUUAAUCAACAACCGAGAAUUGAUGAUUCCUUUAUUGAUGAGGCAGAAUAUUGUACAAAUAUCUCAAUUAUGAUACCUAAUUACAAUGAUCGACGUAUGCCUAAUAUUUCCGAGGAUUACGUUAAAGAAAACCUUUAUCCCAAUUUAGAAAAAUUUAUGGAAUUGGUUCGUUGUGGAGACAUUUUAAUUCAAUUCUACGCAACGUUGGAGGCAGAAAAAAUCUUGCCGAAAGAUGCUGAUGUAGAACUUUUUCGGCCCAUAAUUCAAUAUUGUGUAUCGGAUUUAAUUCUUGGUAUGCUUGCAAAGUCAUUAAAUCUUCAAGAUAAAUUUACCUUAUUAAUUGAUGAAAAUGAAUCAAAGUAUGGCAAUUAUGUCAGAGCAUUUGUCGGUGGAUAUUAUAUGAUAACUGGUCACAACGAAGCACACAUGCUUAUAAAACAGUUAUUACUCAACCUUCUUAAAAAAUCAGUAUCUGAAAUUUCUAGGUUUACAACUGGUGAAAGAUUAAACCUUACAGAAAUUUAUGAAUGUUACAAGUUUGAUGCGUAUACAUCAUCGGACGAACACGCGACAUUAACUGGCACCGCUCCUGAAUUAUUUUUUAGAUGGACAUUGGCACAUUAUCGUUCUAUCCCUCAAUAUUAUUGUAGGAAAGUUAAUGGAUUAACUCUUGCCAAGGUUCACAUUGGUAAUGGUGUAUACGCUGAGGAUCUUGAUUCAGACUGGAAUACGGCUGUUGGUAAUGCUUUUCGUAAUGCAUAUAAAAAAACUGGAUUACCAUCCUUUAAACAAGCAAACAAUGAUAAAAAAUUACCCUACCGCAUCGAGUCAACCGUUACAAAAACUACCUCCAACAAUUCACGUAUGUAUCACGAUUGA